GCUUCCUCACCUGGUGUCAGUUUAUCUGGACUGGAUGUCAGCAGCAGUGGAGUGAAGCUGGACUGCAGGGCUGCAGGCUGGUAUCCAGAACCUGAGCUGUUCUGGCUGGACGGAGACGGAAACAUCAUGUCUGCUGGACCUGCAGAGAAAAGCCCAGAUCCUGAUGGUGUUUACACUGUUAGCAGCAGAGUGACUGUAGAGAAGAGAAACUACAACAACUUUACCUGCAGAGUCCAACAGAGAGACAUCAACCAGAGCAGAGAGACACACAUUCAUGUUCCAGACGAUUUCUUCAUGAAUGAGUCCAGCUGCUCCGUUUCUAUCAGCUUCAAUGUGAUUUUAGUCAUCAUGUUUGUUCUUGGAGUCGCUUUUCUUAUUUGGAUGAAGCAACAAAACAAAAAGAAAAAGAAAAAGUUAACAAAGAAAAUCAGUGAAGAGCAAAAGAAUCUCAUUGCAGCAGCAAAACUAGAGGAGGAGCAAGAAAAGAGCAAGAAGGAACAGAAAAUGAUUGAUCAGCAGAUUAAUGCAUUAAUGGAGAUGUCAGAGGAACUAAAGGAGCAGAAAAAAAAACUUAAUGAUCAAACGGAGGAGACAGCAACAAUGAUUGAUGAAGAUGAGAAGAAGUUUAAGGCUGUUGAUGAGGAAGUAACAAACCAGACGGGGAGCAUGACAGAAAAAAAAGCACAAGGAUACUUAAAACUGAAGGAAAUUAUAACAGAGAGCAAAGAGAAACUGACUAAGAGAAAGCAAGGUCAUCAAGAGGUCGGAUUUAUGACAGAUAAACUAAUAAAGAGAACAAACGAUGAAAUUAACAAACUGGAGGAAAGAAAACAGGAGAUAGAAAACAAUCUAAAGGAAAUAAACAAACAACUUGAUCAAAAAGAGACACAGGAGUAAAUCUGAUGUCACUCAUGAGACAGAAAUAAAUGAAGUUUUCAUUUAUUCUGCAACAUCUUGAUAAAAGAAAAGUUUCAACAGGUUCAAACUCAGCAGAUUUACUGAAAACACUAAAACUUUUCUAUCACUGAAACACUAAAGAAAGUUUAGAUGUGGAUUUAAUCUGACAGGUGAAAAAACUGCUGGAAACUCAGAAAACAAACCAACUGAAAACAUACCUAGAAUAUUUUACAUAUGUGUAAAAUCUAUUUUUCUUUCAGCUUU